AUUUCUCUUCAGAACAGAUUUUAGACGUUAGCUGUCCGUGUUUUUAAUCACAAUGUCAGAAAACGCACCUACACGGAGCUUGGAUGACAUCGAUCUAGCAGCCCUUCGGGACCCUGCUGGUAUCUUUGAACUGGUGGAGAUCGUGGGCAAUGGGACCUAUGGACAGGUGUACAAGGGCCGUCAUGUGAAGACAGGCCAGCUGGCUGCUAUAAAAGUGAUGGAUGUGACGGAGGAAGAGGAGGAGGAGAUAAAGGCGGAGAUCAACAUGCUGAAGAAGUACAGCCAUCAUCGUAACAUUGCCACCUAUUAUGGAGCCUUCGUUAAGAAAAGUCCUCCAGGACAUGAUGACCAGCUCUGGCUGGUGAUGGAGUUCUGUGGUGCGGGGUCUGUGACAGAUCUGGUGAAAAACACAAAGGGUAAUUCGCUGAAGGAGGACUGGAUCGCUUACAUCUGCCGAGAGAUUCUGAGGGGUCUGUCUCACCUCCACACGCAUAAAGUCAUUCACAGAGACAUCAAGGGCCAGAAUGUGCUCCUGACAGAGAAUGCAGAGGUCAAACUUGUGGACUUUGGGGUGAGUGCACAGCUGGACCGGACUGUGGGCAGGAGGAACACGUUCAUUGGUACUCCAUACUGGAUGGCCCCUGAGGUCAUUGCCUGUGACGAAAACCCAGACUCCACCUACGACUAUAGGAGUGAUAUCUGGUCUCUUGGAAUCACAGCCAUAGAGAUGGCAGAAGGAGCUCCUCCUCUGUGUGACAUGCAUCCGAUGCGGGCGCUCUUCCUCAUUCCCAGGAAUCCCCCUCCCAAACUCAAGUCCAAAAAAUGGUCUAAAAAGUUUAUCGAGUUUAUAGAGGGUUGUCUGGUUAAGACGUACCCCAAUCGACCGUCUACAGAACAACUGCUUAAGCACUCUUUCAUUAGAGACCAGCCCACAGAGAGACAGGUCCGUAUCCAGCUCAAAGACCACAUUGACCGCACACGCAAGAAGAGAGGAGAGAAAGAGGAGACUGAAUAUGAAUACAGUGGUAGUGAUGAGGAAGAUGAGAACAGAGGAGAUGAAAGGGAGUCCAGCUCUAUCCUGAACGUGCCUGGUGAGUCGACACUGCGGCGUGAUUUCCUGCGCCUGCAGCAGGAGAAUAAGGAGCGAUCGGAGGCCCUGAAAAGACAGCAGGCUCAGCUGGCAGCACAGCGCCGUGACCCUGAGGAACACAAACGCCAGCUGCUUCACGACCGACAGAAACGCAUCGAAGAGCAGAAGGAACAGCGCCGCCGUCUGGAGGAGCAACAGAGAAAAGAGCGUGAGAUGGUGAGGCAGCAGGAGAAAGGUCCUCACCGCCGACUUGACGACAUGAGGAGAGAGGAGGACAGGAGAAUGGCUGAGAGGGAACAGGAGUACAAGCGGAAGCAGUUGGAGGAGCAGCGGCAGUCGGAGCGUUUGCAGAGACAGCUCCAACAGGAGCAUGCCUACCUGGUCUCCCUCCAACAGCAGCAGCAGCAACAGGACAAGAAACCCCAACUUUACCACUACAGCAAGAACCUGGAGGCUAACAACAAGCCUGCCUGGGCCAGAGAGGUGGAGGAGCGCAGUAAACUUAACAGACAAGGUUCCCCCAAAAUUUGUACCACAGUGUCUGACACUAACAUCCAAUCACGCUCUGACUCUAUCAACCAAUCGGGAGUAGCCUUGGCUGCACAGACUCCACCCAUGCAGCGCCCUGUAGAACCACAGGGCGGACAGGGCAAGUUCCAGAUGGCUCACCUGGUUCCUCUAAAGCCUUACGCUGCCCCAGUGCCUCGCUCCCAGUCUCUCUGUGACCAGCCCACUAAGACCAUGUCUGCCUUCCCCACUCAGGACCCCUCCCCUACCCCCACGCCCCGCCCACUCCACCCCCGAGAGCUCGUCCGUCAAAACUCAGACCCCACCUCCGAAAUCCCUGCCCCACAACAACGGCCAAUGAGAGAUGACCGUGGGCCCUGGAUCCGCCCACCGGAGUUUGAGCAGCCGCCCAAAAUUCCUCAGAGAACAGCCUCCAUUGCUACAGCCUUGAACACAAACCUGUCAUCAGGUGUGCGACACCCUGUCAGGGCCAGUAAUCCUGACCUGAGCCGCAAUGACCGCUGGGAAAGAGGAGACAGCAUGAGCAUCAUGUCCAAUCUGCCUCAGACAGGAUCCCUGGAACGACACCGCAUCCUCAGCACAUCCAAGAUGGACUCCUCUCCUGUUCUCUCCCAUGAUGGACGACACAAACCUGGAGAGUCACGUACAUCAUCUAGGCCUAGCCGACCUGCAAGUUAUAAGAGGGCUAUAGGAGAGGACCAUGGGUUGUACUCCAAAGAGCGUGUGGAGGAGCAGCCACGGCCUCCUGCAAAGGCGAACGACUACUCGUCUUCCUCAGACAGCAGUGAAAGUAGCGAGGAGAGUGAGAGUGGAGAGGGAGCAGAGGAAGAGAGCCCCACAGACCGUCCUCGGGAUGCUGAUUCUGACUCAGUCAACACUAUGGUGGUUCAUGAGGAAGAGGAGGGAGAAGGGGGAGAUGAAGAGCGAGCUGGUUAUGUGGACCAGACAAUGCUGGUACAGAGGACACCAGAAAAGCGUAAUCAUAAUGGAUACACCAACCUGCCUGAUGUGGUUCAGCCCUCCCACUCCCCCACUGACUCCGCAUCCCACUCCUCCCCUGGGAAAGACUCCACCUAUGAUUAUCAGUCCAGGGGAUUGGUCAAAGCUUCGGGAAAGUCCUCCUUCACUACUUUUGUGGACCUUGGAAUGUACCAACCGCAGGGAGGAACAGGAGAAAACAUGUCUGUGGGAGGUGUGGGUUCUCGUUUUGACCAGUUGAAGUUGGAGGUGAGGAAGGGAUCCAUGGUAAAUGUGAAUCCAGCCAACACUCGGCCACACAGCGACACACCUGAGAUCCGCAAGUACAAGAAGCGUUUCAACUCCGAGAUCCUGUGUGCAGCACUCUGGGGUGUGAACCUGUUGGUUGGCACAGAGAACGGGCUGAAGCUGCUAGAUCGGAGUGGCCAGGGCAAAGUUUAUCCCCUCAUCAAUUCACGCCGCUUUCAACAGAUGGAUGUCCUGGAGGGCCUCAACCUGCUCAUCACCAUAUCAGGUAAGAAGAAUAAAGUGCGUGUGUAUUACCUGGCCUGGUUGAGGAAUAAAAUCCUCCAUAACGACCCUGAGGUGGAGAAGAAGCAGGGCUGGACCACGGUGGGGGAGAUGGAGGGCUGCGUCCAUUAUAAAGUGGUGAAAUAUGAGAGAAUCAAGUUCCUGGUGAUUGCCCUAAAGAAUGCAGUGGAGGUGUAUGCCUGGGCUCCAAAGCCUUAUCACAAGUUCAUGGCUUUCAAGUCAUUUGGUGACCUGCCGCACAAGCCCUUGCUGGUUGACCUGACUGUGGAGGAAGGUCAGAGGUUGAAGGUUAUUUAUGGGUCGAGUGCUGGUUUUCAUGCCAUUGAUGUUGACUCUGGGAACAACUAUGACAUCUACAUCCCUGUGCAUAUCCAGAGUCAGGUGACCCCUCAUGCCAUCGUCUUCCUGCCCAGUUCUGAUGGGAUGGAGAUGUUGCUGUGUUAUGAAGAUGAAGGCGUGUAUGUCAACACCUACGGCCGAAUCAUCAAAGACGUUGUCCUACAGUGGGGAGAGAUGCCCACCUCUGUCGCUCAUAUCUGCUCUAAUCAGAUUAUGGGCUGGGGUGAGAAGGCCAUAGAGAUCCGCUCUGUGGAGACUGGUCAUCUGGAUGGAGUCUUCAUGCACAAGAGAGCUCAGAGACUCAAGUUCCUGUGUGAGAGGAAUGACAAGGUGUUCUUUGCGUCAGUGCGCUCUGGAGGCAGCAGUCAAGUCUACUUCAUGACCCUUAACAGGAACUACAUAAUGAACUGGUGAAAGGGAGCAUACAGAAACACUGCUCUCUUACGGAUGUAAACAUACAGAUAUACACACUUACUCCACACUAGAUAUGUACUGUAUUAUGUAUCGCACACUCAGUGUAUCUUAACACACACACACAGAUA